AUGGAGGAGGAAGCCGGCACCGAGAAGGAGCCCCUGCUGCCUGCCCGGACAGCGGGCCGCGGCUACCCGCCCAGGGGAACCUUCGGGGCCGGCGACUGCCCCGAUCCCGCGGCCUUCUGCACCGUCCAGGACGCUGCUGGAGCUGACCAUGAUCUUUACAUAAACCAAGCUGUAGUAUUUAUUGAAGAUGCAAUACAGUAUCGUUCCAUAAACCACCGAGUGGACUCCAAAUCCCUGUGGCUUUAUCGAUGGUAUUAUUCAAAAAUUUGCCAGUGGAUUUUGAGUCUCACCAUUACUCUAAUCCUGGCUCUGGCUUUCAUUGAAACCCCUUCUUCGCUCACUGUCACGUCAGAUGUACGAUAUCGUGGCACAGCCUGGGAGCCUACUUGUGGCCUGACUGAAAGUAUAGAGCUGUUUUGUUUCCUUGUCUUUAUAGCUGACGUCUCUGUGAAGAGUUAUUUAAUUGGUUGGGAAGAAUUUCAGAAAACGAAAUGGCUGCUGGCUUAUAUCCUGACACUGGUUGUUUCCCUUAUCGACUGGACUGUGUCACUGAGCUUUUUUUGUACAGAGACUGUGAGAAUAAGACGAAUUCUCCGGCCUUUCUUUCUCCUUCAGAACUCCUCUAUGAUGAAAAAGACAUUAAAAUGCAUCAACAGCACUCUGCCAGAAAUGGCAAGUGUUGUUCUGCUGCUAGCUGUUCACUUGUGUCUCUUUACCAUGUUUGGCAUGCUGCUGUUUGCUCGAUCAAAGGAUAAGCAGCAAGACAAGGAAUGGGUGGGAUAUUUUCACAAUUUGCCAGAUUCACUGACUUCACUGCUGGUGCUGCUGACUACUGCAAAUAACCCUGAUGUGAUGAUUCCUGCAUAUUCUAAGAAUCGAGCCUAUUCUAUCUUCUUCAUACUCUUCACUGUGUUGGGAAACCUGUUUCUGAUGAACUUGCUGACAGCGAUAAUAUACAAUCAGUUUCGAGGAUACCUUCUGAAAUCGGUUCAGUCCUCGCUCUUGAGGAGACGUUUAGGAAUCCGGGCUGCAUUCGAAGUGCUGUGCUCCCUGAAGGAGAGUUCUGUCAGUACAAAUGAAUUGUGUGUCAGUGCUAAUACCUUACUACAAGUGCUUCAAAAAGUUGAAAUGGAUUCUUGCUGCAAGCAAGCCAUCUUGAGGACAGUUCGGUCAUGCCCUCAUGGCAUACUGUCAGCUGCCCUGUUUCAGAAACUCUUUGAUGAACUUGACAAAGAUCCUGUUAAACAGCAUCCUCCCAAACCAGAGUACCAGUCUCCUUUUCUGCAGAAAGUGCAGUUUGCUUUUGGCCAUCACUUCUUUGGCUACUUAGGGAACGUAGUAGCACUAGCAAACAUCAUUUCUAUAUGUGUCAUCUUGGUAAUGGAUGCAGAUAAGCAGCUUUCUGAACGGGAUGACUACUUCUUGGGGGCUAUAAAUUGUUUUUUUAUCCUGUACUAUCUGCUGGAAAUGCUGCUGAAAAUACUGGCAAUGGGAUUUAAAAGAUACUUAUCGUACCCAAGCAAUAGAUUUGAUGGACUUCUGACUGUAAUUCUGCUGGUUUUGGAGGUCUCAACUUUUGCUGUGUAUGGAUUUCCUCAUCCAGGCUGGAGACCUGAAAUGAUGGGGUUGCUGUCUCUGUGGGAUAUGGUGCGCCUGGUGAAUAUGCUAAUUGUAUUCAGAUUUCUGCGGAUUAUCCCUAAUAUGAAGUUCAUGGCUUUGGUUGCCAGUACAUUGCUGGAUCUGGUGAAAAACUUAAGAGCCUUUGCAGGGCUGCUGGUGGUGGUUUUCUAUGCGUUUGCUAUAACUGGCAUAGUGCUAUUUAAAGGUGCUGUUGUUCCUAUGGGAAAUACCAGUGUUGUCAAUACAACAUCUGGUAACAGCACCUUGCAGUGUGGCACCUACGAGCAGUUGGAGUAUUGGCCAAACAACUUUGAUGACUUUGCUGCUGCGGUAGUAACUCUCUGGGAUGUCAUGGUGGUGAACAAUUGGCAAGUUUUCCUGGAUGCAUUUUCAAGAUAUUCAAGUCCGUGGUCAAAGGUCUAUUUUGUAGCCUGGUGGCUAAUUUCCUCUGUCAUCUGGGUCAAUUUGUUCGUAGCCUUACUUCUGGAGAACUUUAUUCACAAGUGGGACCGUCACUCCCAUCGGCAGUCUCUCUCAGAAAUUGAAUACCAGACAACAGUGGAAUUAAUGUUCAGGGAUGUUUUGGAAGAACCUACAGAGGAAGAGCUGAUGGAAAAACUGCACCAGCAUCCACACCUGCAACUGUGUAGAUGA